AUGAUGAAAACUAUCACGCUCUCUGCAUGGUUGCUGCUUUCCAUUCUGUUAAUGGGAAAGUGGGCUCACAGUUUGAAGAACUUGUACAUUGGUACUUUCUACGGCGUAAACGUGUCUUCAAAAGGUUGGAGCUCCAAGGGUGUUAUGCCGGCAGUUCGGAUGGCGCUGGACCACGUGAAUAGGGACCGGUCCAUUUUGGCAGGGUACAUUUUACAGGAGGAGUGGAGAGAUUCUAAGGUAUAUUAAACGCCUUCUUAGCCCUAGGACACACUCAUAGAAAAGAUGGCAUAAAAAAGAUAGAUAGCCGUAAAAUGAGGACUGGUGUGUUCAGGGGAUCAUGAGCUGUUAUCAGCAUCAGCUGAGGCUUAAAGAGACAAUUUGAAUUGGUCUUGGACUUCAGGACCUUGGACCAAGGCAGGUAGAUCAACUGUUUUAAUGGCAGUCCAUCUGAGAGAAAAAAAUCGUGACGUAUCAUCACAAUCAGAAAGUCAGAUUUGAAAAUGAAAAUUCUUGAAGAAAGAUCUCUUAAGGUUGUUUCUCUUCCAACGUAUAGUAUCUGAAAGGCACCGAUUUAAGCCUAAGUAAAGCCCGAUUUCGGUUCCAUUUUAGCCACAUAAUGUCCAUCGAUUGUUCAUUAAUUCAAAGAAUAAGGGUAGUUUUUUCAUAUGGGGAGGUUAAGUUUUAAACAAAGGCGUUUUUUUUCCGAAUGAAUGUAAGGUAUUUCCUCACUGGAAAUGACAGCUACAUAAGCAAACGGUAAAGAGUAAGAAGAACGCAAGGUUUUCAGGUUCUAAUAUCCUUUUCUUUUAUCUUAAGCUUCUGUUACUAGGAACCUUCACCGGGACAAAAAGAAACAGCCGUUUUUAGAGAGGAGUAGGUUGAGUUAAUUGAGUUUUGAUGGUAUCUUUAACCAUUCCUUUGAAUUUUGAAUCAUCAGUGUGACAGUGCUGCCGCCAUAAAAGCUAUGUUGGAUUUAGUGUCCAAGCCUCCUAAUAAGAUCAUGUUCACGGCACCAGGUUGCUCUCCAGCUGCAGAACCCAUCGCAGAAGCUGCCCCAUUUUGGGGAGCAGUGCAGGUACACAUCACGUCUUGAACCACUGACCUCAUUUUUUCGGUCAAUUAUGAAAUUCAGAUUUUGCAAUCAUGAGGUAUAAGAAUAAGCUUCAAGGUCUGGAAAGCAUGUAAUAUCAUGCAUUUAGAUUAGGAAGCUUUCCCCCAGUAGCAUCUCAAUGCGUCUAACGCAUAACGAUUCCAUUUAAAUUUAAUUUAAAAAAAAAAAGCUACUUUUGUUGUUGUUAUUGUUGAGAUUGUCUCCCUAAAUACUACUUUUUUUCCCCAAGGUUGGUUUCAGCAAUACCUCUCCUAAGCUCUCAGAUGACUCAAGGUUUCCACUCUACUCCCGCAUUUGUUCUUCUGAGGCCUUGAACAACUUUGCCAUUGUGAACUUACUAAAGCACUUCAAGUGGAACAGAGUCGCAAUUCUCGUGCAACAGGACCACAUUUUCACAAAGGUAAUUCCAGCUGUUUGCCGGCCUACAUGAACAGAGAUUAUAAUCGUGAUAUAUUUAAAUGGAGAAUAAUUUAUCCAGUGAAGUUAAUUAUAUUUUUAAUCAUGACUUGAGAGAGAGACGAGAAAUCUCGAAUAACCUUUCGUGAACCUGAUUAACAUCAGCUUAAACUAUAUAUCACUAUAAAAUGACUUUUAGAGACAUCUGAAGGGUCGAAAUUAAGCACUUGUUAUUUUUGCAGACCAAAGAGAACUUGGUGGCGUUACUUACCAAAAACAACAUCUCAAUCGUCUUCAUGGAGAGUUUUGAAGAGGAACACAGGCAUCCAGUUCGUCACAUUAAGGUAAGCCUUCAAGUAAUUACUGCUGAUAAACUAACUCAAAUCACUUUCAAUUCUUAAUAUUCAUACUUUUCCAGGUGAGAUCGUAAGUAAGGGCCGCAAGGCUUAAUUGACAGUUAUUUAUCGGCUAACUAUAUCCAGAGGAUAAUUCAUUGUUUCCAAAAUCGAUUUUGUUAACGUCUUAAAAACUUAACCAACACUAAGGGUAGUUUUAACACCAUCGCGAUUUAUUUCAGAGGAGAGAUGUCAGAAUCAUCAUUGGCCUGAUGUACGAAGAUCAAUUCCGAAAAAUCGCAUGUCAGGUGAGAAAUUUGUUACAUUUAUUUUUAAGGUAGUCGAAGACUGAAUAACAGAGCAGCUCUCUACAUUGUUUGGAAAAAAGUCUUGUUUUUUUUCGAUUUGAGAUAUACCCGUGACUGUUCUCUUUUAGGCAUGCCAUGAAGGAGUAACAGGCAGGAAAUACGUUUGGAUUCUUCCAGGAUGGUACAGUGAAAAGUGGUGGGAAUCGAAGAUUGGAGACACUUCGUGUAGUGGAGACGACAUACUUUUAGCAGCGGGCAACUAUCUCGCCACCAGACCUCUACCUCUUGGGGAUUCCAAGACCCCUACGAUUUCAGGGAAGGUUAGUCACCAAUUUGAAUGGACUUCUUCAUACUGGUUAUGACUGGCCCACUUUUUGACUUUCGGGUAGCCAGUCAGAACACGAGAUGUCCCUCGGUCAUAUUUCCCGCUCGUGCGUUCAGCCACAAAUUAAGGAAGGCACUAUAAGCUAUUUUUUUUACCUGAUUCAUAUUAGAGAUUGAUCUUAUAUAGGCGAAUACUGAUUAACUCCUUUUAUUUUGUGAUCUAUAUUAUCAAUGACCGUAGUUAGUCGCCAGCGAUUCAUUUUUCGGAUUUUCACAUUACAGACUGCUGUUGAACUUAACGAUGAACUCUUAAAACGGAGCAGGAAGAUAAAUUACCCAGCAAAUGGAUUUUCCUCUUUUGCGUAUGACGCUAUUUGGAGCAUCGCACUAACGUUGCACCAGUCCUCCUUCGCUCUUCAAGCACGCAACAAGAGUUUAACAAACAUAACGUAUGGUGAUCGCGAGGCCGCCGAACUCUUCCGACGAAUACUUCGGAAUUUGACCUACAUCGGCAUGUCGGUGAGCACGCGCAUUAAUCACUGUCGGAACAAUUGAAAGUUUCAUAAGGAAAGGAAUUUGUUUCUCUUGCACCCUACCUUAACGGACGAAAAUUUACUUUCUAGUCCACCAAAACAUGUCUUGAAACCUAAACAUCGCCAGUUGUAAAUAACUUCUAAAAUGAAAUUUCAAUAGAUGCUACGUCUUUGUUGCCAUAUUGCCUUCGGAGGGAGCGUCACCGAAUGCUUUAGCUCUUAAACUUAAAUGCAAAGCCGGUAGUUCGAAGCUUGAUCCCCUCACUUUUCCUCUCAAUUGAAUCUUUUUUUCGCUUGUAUUUGGAUCGAUUUUCCGCUCCCCUUUGUAAACAGCCAAUUAGUUUGUUUCCAAAGAUUGAGAUACUGUCUAAAAUGAUACACUGUUCAUUUAAUUUCUUACAGGGCAUUGUUAAGUUUGACAGAGUGGGUGAUAGAGAAAAUACGAUCGAGAUUUUGCAACAACAAGGUGUGCUCUUUAUAACAUUUCCGAAAUCUUUAUUGAUUCAGAAUUGCAGCCAAAUACUUAAAGUAAAAGUUAUGUUCAAAGAACUGUCACACAUUCCUACAUUUCAUUUCAGGUGAUUCCAGGACAGUGAUCGGAUUGUGUGACAAAUCUUCCACCAUGUUGAAUGACUCUUUGUUCAUUUGGGAAGGUAAUUAGUACAAUAUCGCAAAUAUAGCAAAGCCUUUUGUUAGCCUUGAAACUGAACUACACUUCGCUUUAUCAGUUAAAAAUCGAACCGAAUGAUUUCCGCUUGUAUGACAAAAUUAAUCCAGGAUUGCUUUGGUUUUACUGAGCUUUGCAUCGCGGCUAGUGUUGAAAACUUGCGUCAUCCUCUCAACUAAUCAAAUGCAAAACUAAAACCAAUAACGAGUCGACAACUCGCGUUUUCCCGCGCUUUAGUCACUUAACUUGUUUUACAUUUAAUUCUCAUUGGCUCCUAAAGACAGUUACCUUUCUCUUGAUUUGCCGCGGUCACUACUUUGGUCUUGGCUUUCUAAAAGUCAAUCUUUUUACGCUGUAAUCUUUCAAACUCGCGACAUUUUUGUAAUUGUUAGAAAACUCCUCGAAAAUGCAAGAAGCUUUCAAAUUAGAUUAGCAAAGCUGAAAAUGUACUGGUUACAAUCUUUCCAAAUAUGAAGCAACAUAUUGUAGUUUAAAACGUUCUCUUUGUUUUUUGCCGAUUUAAGCCAUCUAAACUUUGAGAAAAAAUGUCCCAGAUAACCGAUUCUCAUUCUUUAUUGUUGAUGAUAUCGUUGUUUGUCGAUAAUUUUGGAAGAUGUUGUUUUGCUGUUAUUGUUACUGUCAUUUUUACCUUUAUUUUCUACUCUAUUCACUGUAAUAUUUAUCGCGUUUCAAGGCAAGAUUCCGGCUGACGGAGUAACCAACACAACUGAACCUUAUGAAGCACCAAGGAUACAGACCAUCAUGACUCUUGUUACAUCCUCUCUUGGCGUGCUGUUCUCUUUGGGAUGCCUGACUUUAAACAUAUUAUACAGAAAACAUAGGUAAUAAAAGUUAGUAACUUCACCCAAAUUUCAGUCUUUGGCUGUACAUUUGAAAGGUCGCUGACUUGAAUGCGGCUGCAGAACCGGGCAUGAGAAGGCGAAGAAAGUUUAACCAAAACGUAUGCUGGUAGAAUAUAAUAAGAUUAACAACAAUUUCUAAUUGCUGAUGGCAUUGGGUAAUGCGGAUUGGGAAGUAUUCGUCGGUCGUACCUCCUUAGUAGAACCUGGUAGAAGAAGCAAGUUACAUUUGACUUAUAGAAGAAAGUGUUAUGGUACUAUCAUCUGCUUAAAAGUCAUUUCAACGUUCUUAACUUCUGAUAAAUAUCAUAUGUUUUAGUCCGGAGAGUGAGGACCAGUAGACUUUUUUGCACUCGCGGAUCAACAUCCGAUAGCUAAUUUUUAUUGAUUGUUUUCUUUUUCUUUGAACAUCAGGAUAAUCAAGAUGUCGUCACCGCAUUUUAAUAGCAUAACGGCCAUUGGCUGUCUGUUAUGCUAUAUCCACGUUUUCCUGGCAGUUUUGGGAAAUUCAUUCGUUUAUGGAAAAGGAAGCAGAUCUGUUUGCGUGGUAAGUAGUUCUGGUAUUCAAUUGAUACUCCAUAUCGCAUAUGUCAUGCCUCUACGAACCUAUGUACUGGACGUCUGUGAAUUAAGGUAAGCGGCGUAACAAAAAAAUUAAAAGAGACUGAAUGGUUCCCAUGUUUUACCUACAGGAGCAUCUACCUUCCCUUAGGGUUUCUAAGUUCAAUUCUGCCACCAGAAAUCAUCUCUUUAAUUUGAUAUUUUACUACAACCUGAAGCUAGCUUGGUCUCUUAAUUACAUAUAUUGCAAGUCAUUGAUUAUUGCUUAAUUCCUGAGUUCUCUCUUUGUUGUAUUGUUGGCGAAAACAAAACCGGGUUCCUUUUUCCUGUUUGCUUGUUCAACUCGACUAUGAGUGUAACUCGAUCUAUAAACCCAGCUGUAAAGAAAUCAGCCACCGCUUGUUUGACGAAACAAAAUUUGUAUCUAUACCAGCUCUUUGAAAAUCGAUUUUUCUACACUAGGUGCGCGCUUACCUUAUUGUUGUCGGAUUUACAUUGGUGUUUGGAGGAAUGUUAUCGAAGACUUGGCGUGUGUACAAGAUAUUUACUAACAGGCGUCUCAAACGACAGGUACAUUCCCAGCGUUUCAGUAUUUCAUUUUCUAGUUCACUUGUUAAAUGACUGAAAAUUUUGAAAGGGCAAUAAGAAAAUCUUUUAUUGUGGUCCUUCGGGUGUCAAAGUCGUGAAUAGGAAAGAAGCUGAAAAGGUCAGGAAGACGCUUUUAAGAAGGAAGCAGUCGAAAACGUAUGCUGUUGAGAAGGACGUAGUUAAAAAGAUGCAAGUGAAAAUGACGCAGCUGAAUUUAACGCGAUUUGAAAGGACACAGUUAAAUGAACACGGUUGAAAGGAUUUCAGGAUUCAGCGAUCUUAGAAACGUCACUGGAAGAAUAGAGAGACUAUUUUAUUUCCCAUUCAAGUGCUUGUGUUACAAUUUUCGAAAGCGACUGAUUUUAUUUUAUUUACAUUUGUCUAAAAUACGAAAACAAUCACCUUCUACUUUUUAUCUAUUCAUCGACAAUCAUGCCACCAUUCUCGUUAUCAUAUUCAUCUUUUCCAACAGAUAAGUGGUCUGAGUACGUCUCACCUAUUGCUUAAAAUACUCCAUGGUCUACUGCUGGAUAUACUGGUGCUUGUGAGCUGGGAACUAGUGGAUCCUUUACAAGCAAAAACCAUACAAAUGUCCGAUAAGGUAUAGAGUUCAUGGAAGUUGUCUUUUGAUCAAGAAACCCCACAGUCUUGAGACCUUUUUAUGUUUUGAUUGUUGGUCAGUCAACCCCGAACAAAUGUAUUGCUUGAUUCACUAUCACAACAAGUUCCAAGGAUACAUCAUUCUAUUCAUGUCUAAAUGGAAGAAAAGGGUUGAAGAAAGUUUAAGAACGGAUAUUUUGACAAGCUUGUCUCGAUGGGAAUUUUUAAACGCAUAUUUUGGUUUUGCAUAUAGAAUCAAGGAAUCCCGUACCACACACCCAUUUGCCAUGGCAGGCAACUUUUUAAAGGAUAUUUCCUGAUGAGCAGAAAUUUCAAACGAUCCAAGCGAAAUUCAGAUUAUCGUAUCGUCGCUUCUUGUUUUUCCCCUGUCCAAAUUGACCACUGAAAUACAUUCAGUUUUAAUUUGUGUCACAAAAGUAGCAAUAAUCGCUCAGUUGGCAUUUGAAAAGAUAAAGUCUGUGUUUUAGCCAAGUUGAAGCCGAAACUCAUCGUGGUUUUCGCGGUUUCCUUGGUACGCAGAGACCAAGAAUGUUAUUACUCCCCCCUCCCCCACCCCCCAUGGGAUGCGAGUCCACUGCAAGGUUACCCCCACCACUUCAUCGGGCUUCCCUGACAAUUUAUCCUCCUGGGUGGAGAGAGGCACUCAAUUUAAGUAUUUUACUCAAGAACACAACACAAUGACCCAGCCGGUUCUUGAACUCAGAUCUUUCGACCCAAAGUAGAACCCGCUAACCAUCAGGCCAGCUGCGUCUUCCAGUGUUAACUAAUCAACACUUAUCUUCAAUUUCAUUUUCAGAUGCACCCCGACGACGAAGACAUACACAUUCACAUAACAAUUCACCAAUGCGAUUCAACUCACUACUCUAAAUGGUUUCUUGGGAUACUGAUAUACAAGGGCAUACUGCUUCUGUUUGGCGUCUUCUUGGCCUGGGAAACGAGAAAUGUUCACUACGCUGAACUCAACGAUUCCAAGAACAUCGGGGUAGCUGUCUACAAUAUUUUACUAUUCUCGGGGCUUUCCAUCACAGCGGAGUUUGUGCUGAGUAGUUAUAAUGCCAAGAGGAUCUUCAACAAUUCCUUGAUACACCUGUGUACCACCAUGGUGCUUGGUUUAGUGUUUCUCCCAAAGGUAUGUGGCCAGAAAAUAAGUUUAUAUCGCUUUCGUGGAUGUCGGAGUGUGAAAGUACACCCCUCUUCCCUGAGGAGACCUAGGUUUGAUUCCCGAGCCUGGAAUCACAUGUGGUUUGAAUUUUUCUUGGUUCUCGUUGCUCGGUGAGUUUCUCCCAAGUUCUCUCUCUGCAAAAGCCAAAAAUUCAAAUUCCUGUGCGACCCCCGGAACCAAAGGACAAGGAACUACUCUGUUCAUGUGCCACUACUUAACUGUUACUCAAACUACUUUACAAUCUCGUGUAAGGGCGAAUGUCUUUCUUUCUCUUUCCUCUUCUCUCUAUAACAUUAUGUUCGCACCCUGUUCUGCUGUAUCCUGUUCGGUCCUUUCGUUAAUUUCUCCGAGGCAAGAGUCGCGUCAAUCUCUCCCCUUCCCACGGAUUAUUUCCUUUUCUGUCCUACUCUUUUAUAAGCCCUGUAUGUUAUCCAUUUGAAUCUAUACCGUUAAUAUCUUUCCUUAUCUUUCUUCCAUCCUGUCCCUUUCUUCCAUUCUGUCCCUUUCUUCCAUUCUGUCCCUUUCUUCCAUUCUGUCCCUUUCUUCCAUUCUGUCCCUUUCUUCCAUUCUGUCCCUUUCUUCCAUUCUGCCCCUUUCUUCCUCUUUUUUCUAAUAUCUUUAACCUUUUUCAUUUUUACGUCUUUUCCUGACAGAUCACAAACCUUGCACGAGAGUCACAAGUGCACCCAGAAGAAAUCCAAAUUCAGGAUGGAAUGGAACAUAAUUCGUUAGGAAAGAAAAAUUUCAAUUCGACCAGUUUUGGAGUUUCGGAAAUCGCGCAGACGGUUCAUUAGUGUGAUGGAAAUUCCGUGAUUUACCGUGAACAUAAUUUUAUACCUCAGCUCCCAAUUGAACCGUUGCAGUGAAAAGAACCACGACAUCAGAAUUUGAAUCGUUUUCUAGAAUGUGCAAAAUGACGAAAAACAGGCUCUAAACCAUAAACUCUUUGGCUGUCAGAAAAAAAGCACUAGAACAUGAGAGAUAAAAACAACGGAAAGAGGAUGGCAGAGGAUGGAGCAGUAAGCGUUUAAUGAUACAGUAACCUCGGCGUUUAUCUUUUCAGUAAACCGAUCUUUAAACAUUAAUUCUUAAUUCCGGAUGAUCCAAUGUGGUUAAGAAAAAAGUUUUCGUGAAUAAAGGAGAUAUGAAAUAAUCAGCUGGGCAAGGGUGAUGAAUAAGCUAUGACGGUGCAGAUUUUUUUUUGAUUUUUUUUACAAGUUUAGGUCUCCUGCCGACCGAAGGAUUCCAUAGUUACGACUAAUCAGUUAUAAUAAAACUGUCACACUCAUCUGAUUUUACUUAGCGUUUGAGAUUUUCUCCGGGUUUGGCCUUCUAUCCACACAUAUCAGAUUAAAACGGUCGCUUAAAACAAAUGUUUUAUAGAGACGUUUAAAGACACCGUUUUACUGUGUUGGCGUCGACGGAUAGAAACAAUUUUUGGAGUUCGUGGCACAGUUGAUAGCCGGGACCGAAUGGCGUUUUGAUUGGCACGAGUUCGUGCCUCGUUUAAGUCUUAAGUUUUAAGCCUUGAUAUCAUGUUAUUACCAUUUAUCGAAAUAAGAAGACAAUUUAGUAAUACGUUUUCAAAGUAACUUAAAGGGCCCAUACUUUAUACUAAUACUAGUGAUAAUGAUGAAAAUUAAUUGUUUGGAUAGGGAAAAUUAUUAAAUGAAUACGUUCAUAGAUAAUAACAUUACAUGAUAGUCUGGAACUGAUUCC